AGGGAAAGGGUUAUGUUUGGGCUGGAGCGCCACACCUUCAAAAACAGCCAAUCUAAGAUGCUCAGUUGAGGGCAAUUUGAUAUAACUCGGCAAAGCAGUUGAGGAGAUGAACUAUUUCACCCCCAAGCCAUUAGCAGCAAACACUGACUUUGAUUUGAGGCAUUCCUCUUCAUCAUUUCAGCAAAACAGACAGCAAUAACUAGAUACAAAACUGGCUACAAGUCACCAGACUGUACGUGGUUCUUGUGAUUUGCAAGGCGCCUGCGUUUGCUGGGAGGCUGCAAAAGUUGGACAGCAUGGCGUUCUUUUUAGCCAAUUCCAACCAGUGCAUUAACGUCGAGAAAGAAAAGCGCAGCAGGAAUACAAUCGUUGAACGCAAUUCAUGAAGAUGGAAUGAUCUAUUGACUGAUUUACUAUCCCAGAUUGAAACUAUUGAAUCUAAAUGAAAUUUUAAUUUGAACUGCCCCUGGGAAAAGGUUGUAGUGCUGGAAAGAGAAUGGACUUGUUUAUGUUAAGAACCCUCACUUGGAUUUAAUGGACGAAGACGUCCUUUAUCACUUAGACUUAGGGACCAAAACGCACAACCUGCCAGACAUGUUUGGAGACACAAAGUUUGUCUGUGUGGGAGGAAGCCCCAACAGAAUGAAAGCUUUUGCUCAGUUCAUGCAUAAAGAACUUGAACAUGAAGGAGAUGACAACAACUUGAAAGAUAUUUGUGCUGGAACAGAUCGUUAUUGUAUGUAUAAGGUGGGCCCAGUGCUCUCCGUCAGCCACGGGAUGGGCAUUCCCUCCAUUUCAAUCAUGCUUCAUGAACUAAUCAAAUUGCUACACCAUGCAAAGUGCUGUGAUGUUACCAUUAUCCGCAUCGGUACCUCAGGAGGAUUAGGUGAGCAAAGAGUUUUGCUGCUGCCAGGCAGAGGGGAUGCAGAUGAAAAACAGCUCAGGAAAGGAGUUGAGCCGGGCUGCGUUGUAAUAACAGACAUGGCAGUGGAUUCCUUUUUUAAGCCCCAGUUUGAGCAAGUGAUCCUAGACAGUGUGGUGACACGAAGCACAGAACUUGAUCAAGACUUGGCUUCUGAGUUACUAGAAUGCAGCAGAGGGAUUAAGGACUUUCCAACACUAAUGGGUCAUACAAUGUGCACAUAUGAUUUUUAUGAAGGCCAAGGACGGUUAGAUGGAGCAUUGUGUUCCUUCACCAGUGAAAAAAAGCUAGAGUAUUUAAAAAGAGCGUACGAUGCUGGAGUGAGAAACAUAGAAAUGGAAUCCACAGUAUUUGCUGCUAUGUGCAGGCUCUGUGGGCUGAAAGCUGCAGUCGUCUGUGUGACUCUCGUUAAUCGACUUGAAGGGGAUCAAAUCAAAGCCUCUCAUGACGUUCUAGCUGAAUAUCAGCAACGACCUCAGCAGUUGAUUGCAAUGUUGAUCAAAAAACACCUUGGGCUGAUUAAUGACAAGAAAUUAUUAGAUAAUGCAGUAGUCUAAAGAAUUGCAGAAUGUAGGAGCCCGAGACAUCAUAUAGUCACACAUGUGAGCCACAAAUGUUAUAUGCAUUGACAUUGUUGGGUUUUUAUAUGAAACACAAGAACAGGAAAAGAAAACAGUUUCAUUGAUACUUUGAAUUUAGUGGGAGGAAAAACUACUUUUAAUUCUGGAUACAUCAUUCUACCUACAACAACAUACUGGAUUAUGCUUGUUACCACCAGAAGACUUAUCUGUAUUAUUAACUACAUAAAAUUAAUAUUAGUAAAGUACCAGCUGAAGGCAAAGAAAGGAAUGAAACCAUCAAGUGUUUAAAAAGUGUGAUUUAAAGCCCAACAUAUUCUGUACAACUGCUUUUCACUGGGGGGAGACCAGUCUGGAACAAUAUGUUUCAAAUUGCUAUCUACAGGCAGUUUCAGCUUGGCUGCCCUAAAGAAGAAUACAGGUUCUCUAAGUGAAUGAGAGGAGGCGUACAACAGAAAACUUGGUACUUGCCACUCCUUAAGACUGUUUUAAAAUACCAUUGUGCUCACAUUAUUUGUUUGCUUUUAGCGUAAGGUGCUAUUUGAACCCAGUUAUAGUAAUACAUAAGCCAUGAUUUAUGGUAGCAUAUGCAUGAACUGUGCAAUUAUGGCUUAUCCAACAAACUUUAGUUAAACAAACCAUGGCUUGGAUGACUUUGGAUCAAAAUUAUUAUAGACUAUCAAGUAAUGACAUGAGAUCAACUCAGUGAUUAUCAUAUAGCUCUUAUUCAUUCUACUAAGAUGUUAACUUCAUGAUACCAUGUCAUUUACUGGACCAUAUACGUAGAUAUAAACAAUGACCACUGAAAAUGUGAGACUUCAUCCUAGAUAAGUCAAUAAAUCAACUCAAGAAUCCCCCCGAGUUUGGAGGGACUUAGUUGUCAAAAGCACUUUGUCUGUAACAAUGAGCCAAGCUACUUCUUGUAUCUCAGGUGACAACUUGCCACUUGAUUCCAAAGUAAAGCUGCCAUUCCCAUGUAUUGUGGCUUAGCACACCUGAAAAGUGAGGCUAGAAUAUGAUUUCCAAACACAGUAGGUAACAUUUCAUUUUAGACACCUGUCAGGCAUUGAUCAAAUGGCCUUAAAAUAUUUAGACCGAAGAUGUCAAUGUAUGGCAAGCUCAAAGCAGCACAGAAAAUGUUCCUAGUACAUGAUACUAUGAUUCAAGUUGAAUAUGGAACAUCCUGGGUGCUGGUUUCAUCCAUGAGAGUUUCAGUAAAUAUCAGGUGAUGAGCUCCGUAAUGUCAAACCAAGAGAAAGAAGAAAAAGAAACUGUACAUUAUAGAUGCAGAAAUGUGAUCAGAAACUGCUACUGACAAAUUCUGACUAUAUAUUUGCUUGCUAAUCAAAAUCCAAGGAAAGAGAACCAUAAUCUUUUCAUCUCUCUCUCUCUCUCUCUCUCUCUCUCUCUCUCUCUCUUUUUCUCAUGAAUCAGUCCAUUAUACAGGUGCUUUAAAAGAAAAUCUGUAUUAAGUUGGAUUUGAAAACUAUGCCAUCUUAUCAUAAUUUUGCAAUACAUUUAUAUAGUUCAUUGUUUCAUAUAUCACAAUACAUCUAUUGAACAUUUCUGUAAAAAAUUAGUUACUUCACAUGGUAAAAUAACCCACAAAAGAGAGUGGGAAAAGACUGUUUAAGAAAGUAUUGUACUAGUGAUCAUGUGUUUAAUAAAUGUUUACAACAUUUUUGAGGUAGUAGAGUUUUUCAGUUCUUGAAUGACCCAGGGAGAGGA